UGUUCCCAAAUUAUUUUUAUUCCAUUCCAAAAGGUCCCUUUGGAGGAUGUUAAGCAUAGUCCAAAAGAGAAGUUGAUUAUUCCAACUAGCAUUUAAAUAAGAAAAAAUAACUAUUUGUACUCAUGAACUUUAUAAACGCGAAAAUAUCUAUCAAACUAGAAAACUAAUAUUGUACUCACAAAAAAUGAGUUUUAUGCGACAAAAAUACCUAAAUUCUAAUUUUUUGUUAAUUUUUUAAUUAAAAUUUUCAAAUUAUCCUUCGUUAUCUUCAAUUUCAACUCCAACUCCCUCCCCUUUCUCGCUCUCUUCGUCUUUCAUGCAUCCCAAAUUUUUGCAAUCUUCCAUUGAAAAUGAACUUAAUGUAGAUUUUGAUUAAAUCAGGGAUUUAGCACCAUAUGCAACAACUACAACAGAUCUAGAUAUAUUACCUCUAAAGCAUUCUCAAUUUCACAUAAUCAUUAGCACUCCAAUAAACUAAGACACAGAUACUCUAGAUCUAUAAUUGGAGAAAGAUGGUGGAACGCGACGCAUAGCUAAUAGCAGCGUUGUUGCGAAGAGGAGGAGAGGUAACGCGACCACCACUGAAUUAAAACUUGCACACGGUGGUCUUAGGAGACAUAGAGGAGGUCGAGGCAGAAGUCAUUGUCGAUUUUCUUUAUGUGGUUGUUUAUGAGCUUGAGAUGGUGCUUUUUGCUGUGAAAGCAGCACCAAGAUUUAAAUUUUUUGAGGAGUUUUUUGCGAAAAGAGUGGAGGGGUGGAGGUAGUAGAUGGUGUUGGGAGUAGGGGAAAAGCGCAUCUGAACAUUGGCGAGGUGGAGGAAUUGGUACUUGCGUUGGUUACAGACGUUAUUGUUUUGGAAGUUGAAGAAGAGGGAGAGCCAGUUGAAGAGGUCCAUGUCGGGGUGCCUUCGGGGAGGGAGGCGGAGGUCACCGAUGGAGCGUAGGCUGAGAUGGUGACGAGACCUCCGGGUAACGUACGAAAGGGUGUUGGUCAGAGAGAGGGGGAGGAAGAGAUGAUAUUGAAGAUAAAAGGCGAGAGUAAUUUGAGAAUUUUAUUAAAAAAUCAACAAAAAAUUAGAAUUUUGGUAUUUUUGUCACAUAGAACUCAUUUUUUAUUGUUGCAAUAUUAAUUUUUUUAUUUGAUGGAUAUUUUUGUCAGCAUUUGCAAAAUUUAUAGAUAAAAAUAUUUGUUUUUCCUUUUAACAAUUAUGGAAAUUCGAAUAUGCUGGCUAAAAGUUUUUUUUUUUGGUUUAUCCAAACGGUAUCUUCAACCCGACAGGUUAAGGACUAAUCCGUCGUGGCUAAAAGUUUAUUGUUAGCUAUGUUGAUACUCCUUUCCGUUAUGGACCAGUCCGAAAAAGAGAAUGGGCCGAAUACAAGAGAGCUUCACUUGAGUAACAUUACUACAAGUUUUAGGGUUUGAAAAUUUCCCAAUUCUCCUAAGUCUUAAACCCUAUUAAAACCCCAUUCCCUCUUCGGCUGUUUUUCUCUUCCCCCUCAGUUUCGGAAAUGGCGUUCAGCUCGAUUCUUCGCAGGUCUGGAUCUCUCGCAAGGCCUCUUGUGAUUGCAGGCCAAUUGUUGAAGAACACUCAGCGGCAGAGUAGCUACCGCACCGUUUUGUUGAGCGCCAUCAACCAGAACGUGCAAAAGGACUCCGCGGUUCCGACGUUCGGUUUUUCUUCUUUGGCUUAUAAGAACAAGCCCACCUCCGACGAGAACCUUCUCCGCGUCAUCGAAUCGGAGAUCACUUGCGCCCAGGAAACCGACAAUCACACUGUUGAUGAGGCUCCAAGUAAUUUCCCUUUUAAGAUACUUGAUCAGCCGGGACAGCAGACUAUAAUGCUUGAAAGGACAUAUCAAGGUGAGGAAAUUAAGGUUGAGGUGCACAUGCCUGAUCUGGUCACCGGGGAAGAAAAUGAUGAUGGUCGUGACGACGACGAUGAGAGUGAGAGAGCAUCUCAGUCAAGCAUUCCGCUUUCGGUCAGUGUUUACAAGAAGGAUGGGCCCUAUCUGGAAUUCAGUUGUGUGGCUUACCCCGAUGAGAUCGUCAUUGACAGCUUGUCUGUUAAGAAUCCCGAACCCAGCGAGGAUCAGAUUGCAUAUGAAGGACCAGACUUCCAGGAUUUGGACGAGGGCCUCCAAAAGUCUUUCCACAAGUACUUAGAAAUUAGAGGAAUCAAACCUAGCACAACCAAUUUCUUGCAUGAGUACAUGAUCAACAAGGAUAGCAGGGAAUACUUGGUCUGGUUGCAGAAGCUCAAGCAAUUCGUUGAAGCAUGAGACGUUAUUUUAAGCAAGAACACGCAACACUGGAAAUUUGUCUUAAUAACCUGAUUAUAUGCGUUGAUGCCAUACAUUCAGAGGGAAAUAUAAUUAGAUACCCUGUCACUGUGGUUUAGUGAUAGUUCCUAUUAGAAGUAGGUAAUGUCUCAAAAGUGCUUGGUUAAUUUUGUUUGUAUCCUCUAUGGCGCAUUUUCUUGUAUUGACAACUUUUUUUUUUUGGGAAAAUUAUAAAGAAAGCCAAGUAUUAAUCGUUCAUUUC